CGAGGGCCGACCUGGCUGGUCGCUCGGAGGUCGCGCCGUCAAAGGAUCGAUCGCGCGUCGCUGGCCCCGCCACGGUCCCUGAUUACUGCGGCGGAGCCCGCCGUCGACACCCCGGUCACAGCAGCGCCAGCUGCGGAGCCGUCACCGGGGGCGACGACGACAGCUCUCGCUUGAUUGCCGCUGAGCGACGGCAGCGAUGUCGACGAAACCAACCGCGAGAUCGCGAGCCCACGCGCAGCGCAUGGCCGCCUUGGCAAAGACGGGCAGCGCCGGCAGCUAUCAGCCGCAAGCCCCGAUCCCUCUCUACCCGACGCCGGUUUUCCCGCCGCCGGCGCUCUCCGCGCCGCCGCCGUGCGUAUUCUUAGGAAUGGGACCAAAACCGAAGUCGAAGAAGGACAAGGCGCGCCGGGAGCCGAACGUCCUCCACAAGUGUGCGCGCAAGCCCUGGGCCCAUUGGACCGCACGGGAACAAUCCGAGCUGACCCUGGCGUCGAACCACCAGUUCUGGCUCGUGACCGAGGCGUGGAUGGCCGACUUACGAAAGGACCUGCUGCCCGUUCUCCCCAAGAACGUGGAGAGGAUUGGACUCAAACCGUUCCACGUCGCGGUCCUUGCCGGCCACCUGGAGGUCGUGCGGGCGUUCAUCGAGCACAGACCCGCGGCGCGGCGCGACGGGAGCUACCGCGAGUUCCUCGUGGAGACGACGAAAAAUGCGAGCACGCCCUUUACGGCAAUCGAGCUCGCUGCGCUCGCGGGCCGCCCGGACGUCUACCGAUUCCUCGCGGGGCUCCAGAAUGGCUUGGGAGGCCACGUGCGCGGAAAGAAGCGCCCCCUCUGGAGCACGAAGUGCGAGCGUGUGGUUCAGCGUCGGCGAUGGCGUUCCGGCCGACGCGACUCCGUCAGAGACCCGCGCCGUCGACGCGACGUUCUCUACGCACAGGCCACGCGAAUGCGGGCUACGAAUGUGCAAUGGCGCGUCUGGCAGAGGUCGAGCUCGACCCGCGCAUCCCCCUCGACGACGAGGCGGGCCCGCGCUUGAGAGUAGCGCACUACGCCCAGAUCCUCGCCUACUUCGGCAUGAAGCCUCCCGUGCCGGAGCCGCCGCCCGUCGAUAUGAGGAGAAGGAACAUGCUGCGGGUCCUCGCGGAGGCGAUUCACGACGAAGCCACGACUCCGCCGCCGGCGUAGUGUAGAAUAUUUAACGUAACUGUGUGUGUCUAC